UUAGAUUUAUAAAUUCCUUGUCAAGCCCCAUUUUUUUUCUCUCCAGCGAGGCGCAAUGACUGAUGGGAACAUUUAGUCAUGUCCACUUCCAGUGAAAUGAAAACCUAUUGUUCACUUGUUCUCUACACCAUUCACUGUUCCCUUUGAACUGUGCUGUUUCGCUCGACGCUCGGCGGUUUGCACCCUGUGCAGUAAUUCUCAGGCAACUUCAAGCCGAUCGGAACACAGCCUGUGCGUUUACGUCAUCGCGACGUCAGCGCGACUCAAUCCUCAUUGGCUAGCGGGCAAAUUUGAACUACAACCACACUGUUACUAAUGCUAAACUGCUAACAACGGCCGCAACGGUGGACAGUCAGAUGGAGCAUUAAAGGUGGACACCCAAAUCCUUUUUCAAAAAUCCUCUAAAACACUGACCAGCUGACGAAGACGUGACAGUUUUAUCAUGGAGCCCGCUGUAAUCAACCUUUACAGCUUGUUUGAGAAUCUUCGAGCCCAUGUCGACGUCCUCAAUGACAGUAUUGAGCCCCAGUUCAUUCAGAUGGCACUGAAUUUUGAGGACUGUCGACGUAAAUGGCUGAGAGUGGAGCAGGAGUUGGCAUCUUGUAAAGAGGUGCUUGCCAAGGCAGAAACGGAGAGAGGUGCGCUGGAGGUCAAGCUAAAACAUGCUCGCAACCAAGUGGACGUAGAAAUCCGCAGACGACAAAAAGCUGAAUCAGACUGUGAAAAAUUGGAUCGUCAGAUUCAACUAAUUCGAGAUCUUCUGGUCACCGAGGGUUCUAGUACCAGUAUCCAGUUAAACGAUGAGCAGCGAUCAGCUCUAGCAUUCCUCAACGCACGCUCACAAGCACCUGCCAAUCUCAACAGCAGCCGAAGGCUGACCACUAUUGAUGAAUCUGCCUCAAUUUUGUCAGAUAUUAGCUAUGAUAAAACUGAUGAUUCACUGGACUGGGAUUCUUCUGUUGUCAGAACUGUCCGACUAAAGAAACGACAGAAGAGACGCUCCUCGAGAAACCAUACUGAUGGACCUCCUGCUGCCGCUAAGCGGUCUCGAUCUACAGGCCGCUCCUCUGAGAAAGGGAAUGAGUCUCUGGUGGCCAAGACCACAGUGACUGUGCCUAAAAAUGGAGGUCCCAUAGAGGCUGUCACCACUCUUGAGGCUGUGCCUUAUUGGACCAGAAGCAGGAGAAAGACUGCUGCCAUGGUUUGGGACACUGCAGACACAGAUUCUGUGCAGUCUGUAGACGUAGUAAAACGGACUGAGAUCAGAACAGAGCCCAGCACACCGCAGACCAAUGGAGUUGUCCGUCUGCAUGAGUUUGUUUCCAAAACGGUGAUAAAGCCCGAGUCAUGUGUCCCUUGUGGAAAGAGGAUCAAGUUUGGAAAAAUUUCCCUGAAGUGCCGGGACUGUCGUGUGGUCACCCAUCCUGAGUGUCGAGAGCGAUGUCCCCUGCCCUGCAUCCCUAACAUGUCUGGGACACCAGUAAAAAUUGGAGAGGGCACUCUUGCAGACUAUGUCUCAGUCACUUCCCCCAUGAUUCCACCACUAGUGGUCCACUGUGUGAAUGAAAUUGAGCAGAGAGGUCUACAUGAGACUGGUCUGUACCGUCUGUCUGGUGCUGAUCGAAUGGUGAAGGAACUGAAAGAGAAGUUUUUGCGUGGAAAGACUAUUCCUUUGCUAAGUAAGGUGGAGGACAUUCAUGCUAUUACUGGCCUUCUCAAGGACUUCCUGAGAAACCUCAAAGAGCCACUGCUCACCUUCCGCCUCAACAGUAAUUUUAUGGAUGCAGCAGAGGUAGCCGAUGAAGACAAUUCCACUGCACUGAUGUACCAAACUAUCAGUGACUUGCCUCAGCCCAACAGGGACACUCUGGCCUUCCUGAUCAUCCAUUUGCAGAGAGUUGCUCAAAGCCCGGAUACUAAAAUGGAUGUGAUUAAUCUGUCUCGUGUGUUUGGACCUACUAUUGUGGGUCAUGGUGUACCUGAUCCACAGCCAAUGACUAUUCUGCUGGACACAAAGAGACAACCUAAGGUUGUUGAACGCUUGCUCAGCUUGCCUACAGAGUACUGGAGCCAAUUCACGAUGGUGGAGCAGGACCACCAUCAAGCUCAUGCUGAUCACAUGAUCAUUGAGAACACCAAUGUUUAUUCCACUCCAGACCAAAAAGUGAGCAUGUUUGGCCCCCUCACCACUCCAGAGCAGCAGAUGAGCAAGACUUCAUCUUCUAGUUCUCUCUCUCAGCGUAUGAAAAAUGCUACACUCGGCGUCAUCACUCCCAAGUUUGGUAGCAAGAGUAAAUCUGCUGUGAGCUUCAGUCGCCAGGGUAACUUUUUCGCCUCUCCACUGCUAAAGUAGCCAGCAAAAGGCCAAAGAUUUCUAGAGCUACUGUAUUCUGCACAAUUAAUCAAUAUUUACAAUCAAUGUAUAGAACAACAAAUGUUUUAAUCAUUUUCCCUUUUAUGUUUUGAUGGGGGUUUUGGAUUUUUUAUUUUUUAUUUUUUUUUUAUAACUGAUUACACAUGGACAGGCAAAAAUAUGCACUUCCAUUGUCUACUACGUUUAUAUCAAAGUGUGUGUGUGGGGAGUUCUUUAUUAAGAAGCCCAAAAUUGAUAACAUUUUAUCCCAGUUUUUAUCAUAUUUGUGUAUAUAUUUAUAUCAGCUAGUUUAGGCAAAUCUCAUAAUAUGCAUAGUUCACAUUCCUAUGCAAACAUUUGCUUCGCUUUGUGUCUUUUUGUUGUGUAAGAGGAUGAUCAACAAAAUGAGGCCAUGCAUAGUGGAGUUUCUUUCCCCCAGUAUGCUAUUUUCUUUUAUUUCAUGGCUAUUUACCUGUGUUUAAAAAAAAAUAAUAAUUUUGUACCUUAUUCUGACUCAUUAUUGGAUUGUAUAAAAAUAGCAAAUUACCUUUCAUUGAUUUUUUUUUUUCUUUCUUUCUCUUGAACCCAACAAAGUACCAUUAUGUACCUGUUAUAGCUAUGCUAGAGAGAGCAUUAUCUCUCUUUUUGUUCUUUUUUUUUGUGUGUGUAACUUUCAAUUAAAUCAUCUUCAUUCACAGUAGCCUUUCCUUUGAGCUGUCAGUAUUUUAUUUCCUGUUUUUGUUGUUGGAGAAAAUGAUAUGCCUGGUCUAAACUUUUAUUCAUGAUUGUGCUGUUAUGGAACAAUUUUUGUACAAGAUCAAAAAGUUAGUUUCGAAUAAGUUAGUGUUUCAUUUACUUAUCUAAUUUUUAGGGGUAUUUAAAAACUACAGGCCUUCAGAUCUUGAGCUGGGCAAAGUGGAACAUGAGUUACAGAAAGAUAUGUAUGAAUAUAUAUUUUAAAUGAUUUCUUUAUUUUUUAGUACAUUUCAGGUGGUUAUUUUGGUUAUUCCAAAUAGUUUUGUAACAGCUGUGAUAGUCUACCUGUUUUCCUCCUUGCUUUGCUUUCAUAGAAAGCUCUCUAUAGUUUCCAUGUUGGUUAAUACUUUUAAAAUACCAAAUGCAGUCUUUACAGACAAAUUCCAUAGCACAAAUCAAAGAUCAACAUUUACAGUUAUUAACUGUAUAAACAGUCAAUCUCACAAAGCACAUUUGGGCAACAAAAAUACCUGUUAGUCACAUGUUUCUGAAUUUUUAGUCAUAAAAAAAAAUUGGUGGGUUUAAACAAAAAUUUGUUAAACAAACAUU